AUGUCGGAAAACUUGAAAAGAGCCGAGUCCUUGUUCAACAGGAUCAUGAACCAGAACAAGCCGGGAGAGACGAAAUCAGCCCCUCAGGGAAAUUCUCACAGACACAGCCAAAACGAAAACAGGGGCCACCGGCUGCUGUAUCGCAGGGGCAGAGAACACAACCUGAAAAACUCUGAACACCAUGGAAACGGAAAUCGUCAUGAACACCACAAGGAAGAGACUCUUGCCAGCAUCGACUUGCCUAAACGGGACCCUGUCAAGGAGGCACAGGCAGCAGUGGCCAAGGUCCCACAGGAUCACCACGUUUUACCCUAUUGCUGGACGGUUUGGCAUCAUCUGAGACUGAAGGUCAAGCCUGAGGAAACCGAGGCCGAUAAGGACAACACCUCCUCGGCUUCUGCUGCCGUGGACUCGUAUCUCCAAACCACCAACGAGAUCGAAUUCCGUGACGUGGCCCACCCGGACGAAACCACCAAAACGAUAGCAUCUGUGGAGCAGUUGUGGGGCAGUUUGAGCCAGACCAAACGUGCUUUUGAGUUGCACCACAGCACACAGCUCCUUAUUUUCAAAACAGGCAUCAAUCCCGUGUGGGAAGACCCUAUAAAUGCCAAGGGAGGCCGCUGGGUAUUCCGUUUUGGCCGUCGUUCCCAUCCUGGCCAUACUGACAAAGACCCAGAAAUGAGCGCCAGGGUCAGACAGAGAACGUCGAUGAUUUGGGAGAGACUUGUGCUCCGGACGUUGACGGGCUCGCUUAUUCCCGACAAGCAGUACCUGAAGCAUGUUCAAGAGCAGCUUUUGAGCGAUAUCUCUGGACUUGCCUUGAGUAUCCGCCGUGACGAAGACAUCGUCAGUUUGUGGAACUCCAACUUACAUUUUGGCCGUCGCCGUGGCGACGACGAGGACAAAAAGCCCUUGCAGCCCUUCCAGGCGAGAAGAAUCAUGUGUGAUGCCAUUUUGCGUGUGAUUCGUGAAUGUGACCUAAUUCUUCAGGGCUCUGACUGCGUGGAGACGACUGCCACGGGAUCCACCGAGCGUGUGGCUGGCGUUUCUUUUGAAUACAGACUUCACGCUGAGUCCAACAGCACGACCAUGUACUGGGACCGUAUGCGGAGAAGAAACCACCACAAGGAGGAGCCACGUGAGGAGGAGGCCGUCGCCUGA